AUGCCUUCCGACAGCUCACUACACAAUCACUCCCACCACAGCGACAGCCUCACAAACAACGACAGCAUCUCCAGUGCUGAUCAGAGAGAAAAAGAGGUCCAUCAGCUCGCCAGGAAGUACACACAAAACAGCAUCUACUCAAAUAAUAGCCAGAACCCUUUUGCAGCUGAACCCGGAUCUAAACUUGAUCCCAAUGGCGGGAAUUUCAGUGCCCGCGCUUGGGCAAAGGCCAUGUUGCAGACACAUACGGAAGACAGCCAGGCACAUCCUCUUCGCACACUAGGUGUAUCAUUUAGCAAUCUGAAUGUGUACGGCUUCGGAUUCGACACCGACUACCAGAAGAGCGUUGGCAACAUCUGGUUAGAGGCGGCCGGCCUCGUUAGGAGGAUCAUGGGCCAACGUGAGCGGAAGAUUGAGAUCCUACGCGAUUUGGAAGGACUGGUCGAGGCCGGAGAGAUGCUUGUCGUCCUUGGUCCUCCCGGAGCGGGAUGCUCAACCUUCUUGAAGACUCUCACUGGACAACAUCACGGCUUCUAUGUCGACGAGAAAUCGAAUCUCAAUUACCAGGGUCUGACUCCUAAGCAGUUGAUCAAGAACUUCCGAGGAGAAGCCGUCUAUACCGCUGAAGUUGACGUUCACUUCCCCAACAUCACUGUCGGAGAUACUCUUUUCUUCGCUGCCCGCGCGCGAGCCCCGCGUCAUAUUCCUGGAGGGGCUACCGUGAACCAGUAUGCCGAACACAUGCGCGACGUCAUCAUGGCCAGCUUUGGUAUCAGCCACACGAGAAACACCAUUGUCGGAAACGAUUUCAUUCGUGGAGUAUCUGGAGGAGAACGCAAGCGUGUUAGUAUUUCCGAGGCCUGCCUCAGCCAGGCACCGCUACAAUGCUGGGACAACUCCACCCGUGGUCUUGACAGCGCCAAUGCUAUUGAGUUUUGCAAGACACUACGCAUGCAAACCGAAAUCAACGGAGCUACAGCCUGUGUUGCCAUCUACCAAGCACCCCAGGCUGCCUAUGACUACUUCGACAAAGUACUGGUUUUGUACAAGGGUCGCCAGAUUUAUUUCGGCCCUACCGCCCAGGCUAAGCAGUACUUCUUGGACAUGGGUUUCGUUUGUCCCGAUCGACAAACCGAUGCCGACUUCCUCACUUCCAUGACCAGCCAUCUUGAGCGUGUUGUGCAACCUGGGUAUGAGAAUCAGGUUCCCCGAACGCCUGAUGAGUUCGCUGCUCGAUGGAAGGCUUCGCGCGAACGCGCAGAGCUCCUGAACCUGAUUGAGAUCUACAACUCGAAAUACACAUCCGGUAGCGAGCAUCUGGACCGAUUCAAAGAAUCUCGACGAGCCCAACAAGCCAAGAUCCAGCGCGUAUCGUCGCCAUAUACUCUUUCGUACAUUCAACAAAUCAAACUAUGCCUCUGGCGUAGUUGGGUUCGGUUAAAGGGCGAUCCUAGCAUCACCAUCUCUCAAGCGAUAGGAAACGCCAUUAUUGCUCUAAUUAUUUCCAGUACGUUCUUCAACCUCAAGGAUAAUACUGCGAGCUUUUUCCAGCGUGGCUCUCUCCUUUUUUUUGCCAUCGUCAUCAAUGCCUUUAGUUCUGGUCUUGAAAUAUUUACCCUCUACGCUCAAAGACCGAUUGUGGAGAAGCACGCUCGAUUUGCCCUCUACCAUCCGUCUGCCGAGGCCAUCGCAUCUAUGCUGAUGGAUCUGCCGUAUAAGGUCGUCAACUCUAUUGCAUCUAACCUAAUUCUCUACUUUAUGACGAAUUUGCGGAGAGAGCCCGGACCUUGCUUGUUCUUCCUGUUUACCUCGUUUGUCCUCACGCUAACAAUGUCCAUGUUUUUCCGAUCCAUCGCAUCUUUGACUAGGUCAUUCGUUGAGGCCCUGCCAUUUGCUGCGAUUUUGAUCUCGGGUCUCACAAUGUACACCGGCUUUACCAUUCCAACCUCUUACAUGCCCGGCUGGUCUAGCUGGAUGGCAUAUAUCGAUCCCAUCUCAUACGGAUUCGAGUCCAUCAUGAUCAACGAGUUCACCAACCGCGAAUUCCUUUGCGUCAACUAUGUUCCUGCGGGUCCUGGCUACGAUGUUAGCGGCAGCAACCAUGUUUGUUCCACCGUCGGAUCCGUUCCCGGACAGCCCUUUGUCCUCGGCGACGACUACAUCAGGUCCACAUACGGUUAUGAGGCCAGCCACAAGUGGAGGAACGUCGGCAUCAUCUUUGCUUUCAUGGUCAUUCUUUGCGCCAUCUACCUGGUUGCUUCAGAUUUUAUCACUGAGAAGAAGUCCAAGGGUGAAAUCCUUGUCUUCCGCCGUGGACACAAGAACUUGGACAGGAGCAAUGGCCAGGACGAUAUCGAAGGCGGCAGUGAGCGCAACACUACUGCGGCAAACACCAAGCCAGAUGACCUUGCUAUUAUUGAGCAACAAACUGCCAUUUUCCAGUGGAAGGACAUUUGCUACGAUAUCGAAAUCCAAAAGGAACGCCGUAGGAUCCUUGAUCAUGUUGACGGAUGGGUCAAACCAGGUAACUUAACGGCCCUUAUGGGUGUCUCUGGAGCCGGAAAGACUACUCUUUUGGAUAUUCUCGCUAGUCGUACCACCAUGGGCGUUAUCUCUGGAGAAAUGCUAGUUGACGGAAAGGAGCGAGAUGACUCGUUCCAGCGCAAGACUGGUUAUGCCCAACAACAGGAUCUCCAUUUGAGCACUGCUACCGUUCGCGAGGCUCUUACCUUUUCCGCUCUUCUCCGCCAGCCCGCUCACAUUCCUCGCGAAGAGAAGAUUGCGUAUGUUACUGAGGUCAUCAAGCUCCUUGAGAUGACUGAGUUCGCCGACGCCGUUGUUGGUAUCCCCGGCGAGGGUCUUAAUGUUGAGCAACGUAAACGACUGACGAUUGGUGUCGAGCUUGCUGCUCGGCCAGCUCUACUUCUCUUCCUCGACGAACCCACUUCUGGCCUUGAUUCUCAGACAUCAUGGGCGAUUCUCGACCUCCUGGAUAAGCUCAAGAAAAACGGCCAAGCUAUUCUUUGUACUAUCCACCAACCGUCCGCCAUGCUCUUUCAACGAUUCGAUCGCCUCCUCUUUCUCAAGUCCGGUGGGCAGACUGUGUAUUACGGCGACGUUGGCGAAAACGCCAAGAUUCUCAUCGACUACUUCACGCGCAAUGGCGGACCUCCAUGCCCGCCUGCCGCCAACCCCGCGGAAUGGAUGCUUGAGGUUAUCGGUGCAGCUCCUGGAUCACACAGUGAUAUCGACUGGCAUGACACCUGGCGCAAAUCACCCGAAUACGCACACGUUCAAGCACACCUCGCUGAGCUCAAAGAAGAGCGUUCUCGCAUGACGGACCUAAGCCGCACUGCCUCCCGCCAGGCGCACGACGCCACCAGCUUCCAAGAGUUUGCCGCGCCUCUCAGGACACAGUUCUACGAGGUCCAACUGCGCGUGUUCCAGCAGAUCUGGCGCACACCCACGUAUAUUUACUCCAAAGCCUUCCUUUGCGUCAGCACAUCCAUCUACAUUGGUUUUUCGCUCUACAACACGCCCAACACGCUCCAGGGCCUGCAAAACCAAAUGUUCUCCAUUUUCACCUUAUUCUUCAUCUUCGGCCAGUUCAUCCAGCUAAUCAUGCCGCACUUUGUGGCCCAGCGUGCGCUGUAUGAGGCGCGCGAACGCCCGUCCAAGACGUACUCGUGGAAAGCUUUUAUCAUGUCUAACAUUAUUGUAGAGCUUCCCUGGAACACGCUCAUGUCCGUCUUGCUAUUCUUCUGCUGGUACUACCCUAUCGGGCUUUCGCACAACGCCGAGGCAACCGACUCGACGGCACUGCGCGGCGCCCAAAUGUGGCUCUUUGUCUGGGUCUUCCUCAUGUUCAGCUCCACCUUUGCCCACUUGAUGAUUGCCGCCUUCGAAACCACCGAGAGCGCGGGCAACACUGGAAAUCUGCUCUUCAUGCUCUCCGUCAUUUUCUGCGGUAUCCUCACUACCCCCGAGCAGAUGCCGCGCUUCUGGAUCUUCAUGUACCGCGUCUCGCCGUUUACGUAUCUUGUGGGAGGUAUGCUGGCGGUUGGUGUGGCCGACUCGUCGGUUACCUGUGCGGCGAAUGAGUAUCUACGAUUUGACCCUGUCAACGGCACCUGCGGCGAGUACAUGGCGCAGUACCAGGCUAUGGCUGGUGGCUACGUGCAGAACCCCAGUGCGACGUCCAACUGCGCGUUCUGCCCCAUGGGUGACACAAAUGUGUUCCUCAAAACGGUGCAUGCAGAGUACUCGAGCGUAUGGCGCAACUUUGGCAUCAUGUGGGUGUUUGUCAUUUUCAACGUGGCGGCCGCCUGUGGCUUGUACUGGUGGGCGCAGGGAUUGCUGGAUAGCGAAACUGUGAUCGGAAAGAGUUCUGCUGUCGAGCAGCAAGAUGCUGAGAAGAGAGAUGGGUUUUAG